UCAAGAAUAAACUUUUCGUGUUAUUUUCGAAUUAUUGUUCCGGAUUAGAUUUACUCCCGUGUUACGUAAAUUGUUUCUUUUAUCGCCUCGAUAAAAAGAGAUCGAAUUUAAAAAUCGUAUUCCAUCGGAAGAUCCUCCGGCUAGUUUUUCUCGCGAAAAUAAAUAUCCAUCGUGGCACCUGUUCGAAUGUUUGCUUUGACCGGGAUCGAUGCCGAUAGGUUAAGUUUUAGUGGAUCGAUUUCAAGCGUGCAGACGUGACAGAUCCUGUCGUUGCAUGGCGGGUCUAUGGAAAGGAGUUUGUCUUGAACACAGGAAGACAUGUUUUUGAAAUUCUUCGCUGCUUUCCAGGCUUUUUCGAGCUGCCUCGUGUUGCUCGUUUUCGCGGUUAUCUACGCCUCGAACGACCCAAUUCCGGUUUCGAGUAGGCCAGCCGACCGCACCGCUAGGCCGGAAUCGGAAGAGAAAAAAUCUUCACAGUUGUAUAUAAAACGGAAGUUCUCCCAUCGAAUCGAGUCUAUUUGUCUGUUUGUGCUGUCAUCGAUAGAUAGAUUUGUUUAUCCGCGAUUAAUAAAUACCUAGAGGAAUUCUGUUGUUGUUUGCAUACCGCCAACUGUCCUCGAGACAGUCACGGAAUGCACUCGAGCGGUUAUUUUCUUGCGCGAAGCAUCGAGAGUUUUUUUAGUCGGGCGGGAAAUAAGCGAGCCGAUUCCGUGAUAAAAUUCCGCGUGAUUGGUUACCGAAGUCACGGAUAUUUCUUCGUGGAGAAGAACGGUUAGUUUGUGGGUCGAGGAUGCAAAAAUGGGGAAUCGGUGAAAACCCGGUCCGAGGAUCGGAAGCUGCUCGUAAAACGGAAACAUUGGACGCAUUUCACUCGCGGACUAGCAAAGAAUCUCGGUGAUUCCGUGAAAUAAAAAAGGCAAAAAAAAAAAACCGCAGGUUUCUGGGCCGAGAAAGCAAAAAAAUUGCGAAACGACCGACUCCCUCUCGUCGUCGAUUCGUGGCACCUACGACAAACAGAGUCGAAUCGAUGAUUUGUCGACCGUCGAGACCCGCGGCUUCUCUGUCUCUUCCGUAUCCUUUAUCCACCAAACACUUGAGCGUCCAAAAACGACAAAUUUCCGAUAAAAAUAUAAUCGUCUACCGAUAAUCUUGUUCGCCUGUGAUUUGGAUUAAUACGUAAAUUCUUUGUAAAAUCUCGUUGACGAACAACGAGUACCAAUUCGAUCGGUGAAAAAACCGAAGAAUUAAGAACGACUCGGCGACGAUGGCUGACACUCGAAAUCACGACCAGAAAAACAAGCGCGUAAAGCAGCCGUUGAUUGUCCGUGCACGCUGCAGCAAUUAGCGCGUGACAAAUCCUCGCUUUUUCAUGUGAUUCGCACCUUGAAAACAGUCGACGAAUCGCCAGAUUAAAGAAACUAUAAUAGUAAACGCGUUUAAAAAUCAAUUCUAGUCCAUUCUUUGAUCGUGUUUCACGCGACGUAAGAGAUACAAUCGAAUGAAUGAACUAUACCGAAAAUAGCCUUCGAAUUCUCGAGGAUUCUCAAAGAAUCCGACGCCAUGCGGUGCGUUCUUCUUUCCGCAAUGUAUCGUGGGACGUAUCGAAUUUCCAGGCACGAAGUAAUCGAUCCAAAUCUACGAAGGUCGGAAUCUGUGUCGAUUGUCUCAUCGAAUACUCGCGGUGAUCCUCCCAUACCGGGGGACAAUUAUCAUCCGACAAGGAGGCGAAAGAAUAGAUCCCAAGAUAGGAGAGAAGGAUGGUCUGCGUCCGUUCUCUAGGUGAACCAGGAGUACGGAGCGCCAACAACGUGAACCAGAAGGCCGCGAGAGAGACAGAAAAUGGACCAAGUCACCACGAAGUGGGGACCUGGAUUAAAAGCAAACGAGGGCAACGUCUCGGCGACAGAGCCAUCUCUGCACCUUGAAGAGUCGAGGUCGAGCGGAAAGUCGCAGACGUUGCUGUGGUACCAGGAUCGGCGGUGGGUGAUUUUUCUAACGGGGCUUGCGGCUGUUCGAGGAGGCGAUCCUGGUUGUCCGCGCGAUUCAACGUCGGCGCCAGGCUGAGCCAGCAAAUCGGACGACGAACAACGACAAGAUGGCACCGAGAGGAGCGAUCUGUCUGCUGCUGGUAACCUUGAGUAUGAGAGGGACCCAGUGCAGCACGAGGUAUUUCAUGAAGAUGAAGACGAACGGGUCCGAGUUGUUCAAGACGAGAGGCGAUAGUCUGAGGGUACUUGAGGAGUCGAUCGCGGCCACACCGAAUCCAUUGUAUGAUGCAACAAAGACUAACUUUCAGGCGGAGGGCGAGAGAAUGAUCAAGGGGUUUCCCGACAUCGGGGAGGAGCAAAGGAACGCGUUCGAAACGUCGACGUUCAAUCCAGACGUAUUAAACAAAUUUCUCGAGGAAUACGCAAACAAAAUCAAAACCACCACCGAAAAGUACCCGAAAUAUCCGUUUAAGAUCGUCAAGCCUUCCGAGCCCCUCGCUCUCGAAGUCGACGAUCAAUCGACGUAUUCCACCAGUACAACCUACGAACAAGAAACCAAGUACGACGAGGUCGCGGCCAACACUACGCCGACUACGAAUACGUUAAACGAGGCCUCGAAUGACACCCUCAAGAGAAAUAAAUACUAUGGAUCGAAUUCGUACGAGGACAGAAACGGUUGGGUCACUCUAGAGGCGAUCCCGUGGUCGAAAAGCAAAAUCUCCAAGUGGCAGGCAACCGCUACCACGCAACGUCCCUGGCCAGAUAUGAAACCAUGGGACAAACCGGGCAUAGGAAAACCUUGGACAUCCGACUACUCCAUUAGACCAGUCAUCGAAAACAAUAAGCCAUGGUACGAGAAACCAAAACCGACAUGGACGGAAAAUAGCAACGAAAAGCCUUGGCAGAAGCCCACCUCUCGUCCCUCCUAUUACGGGGAUAAGAACGAGGAGACCCAAGCGCAAAAGUGGCCGCCAGAAAGACCAUCCUGGAACAAGUACACCGAUCGUCCUAACAGCGAAAUAAUCACCGACAAUCGUCCUGCGAAUUUCCCCGGCAAUUGGAACAGACCUCAGCCAACGAAGCCCAGUUCCAGUUACCAAUUCGUAGAUCGAUACGGUGACAAGAAUCAGGCCGAAGAGAGCAACGACUGGCACGAUUUUCCUUCGAGAUUCGACGAUCGUAUUCGACCUUCCACGGAACGACCAGGAUUCUCGCAGUAUCAGUAUGUUAACGAUCACCCGCAGACCUACCCUGGAAACAGCGACGGACAGUGGGUCCUUUUGUCGACGAACAGAGGCUACUCCAAGUCUAGGCAGAGGUCGAUCAAGAUCGACUCGACGAACCCUCCAGGGAACGGAACGAGGAGUAUCGGCGGCCUUAGGAACGAGCACGAUCCGACGGUUGCCGUGAUGACUUCGAAGCGACAGGUCAGGCUGACGGUGUUACCGUCGAUCAACGGCACGAAUACGACAACAUCCCACGGGGGUCUCCUGGAAGUGGAGAAGACGUUCAAGAGCGUGGACCAGAGCCGAAAGGAGUACGAGUUGGAGAGACAAACCCUGUCCGCUAUACUGAAAAAGAGACCCAUCAGGAACACGCUGACCAAUCAGCCCUCUAACUCCGCUGUCCUUGCAGCCGUCAGCGCAGGGAUAUUACCAGCAACUAUGGCAAUGAUGAUACCGAUGAUACUUGGCCGUAGAAAGAGAGACCUCGCUCUGGAACCGAGACUCCCCGAUUCACGUGAUUCGAUGCUGGAUAUUCGCGCGCUCGCGAAUAAACAUCGAAUUCAAGGAACGCGGCGCGAAUAGCGAGUGUAAGUUAAUCGAGAAGGAACGGGUCUCCGAUAAUUCGUGGAAAUUACUAGGACGGACAAAGAUGGACGAUCUCACAAUCGGAACGCAAAUGUAAUUAUGAAGCUGUUAUCGAUCACAAGGGAAUACGCGCGAUCAUGUGCCGUAUAUACUUGAAUUUCUCGUCGAAAAAGUCAAGUUUCGUUUAAGAAAUUAAUAAAACAUGUUAUCGAGCUAGCAAACAGCGAGUUAGGAUUUAGAAAGUGAAACUAUAGUUGGAAGGCAAAUGAAAUUUACAUGGGUAAAAAGGACUUUCUACCGAGAUGUUUAAAUUUAUCAUAUAUUUACAUGUAUAGUCAAGGUACUAUAUGUAUAGACGCAUAUCUUAUUCAUUUAUUUAUUUAUUUAUUUAUUAAUAUUUAUUUAUAACAUACUUUACUUUAUUGCCGUAUAUUUCGCCGUUCGCUUAAAUACUUAAUAAAAAGUAGCAGAACAAGAAAUAAUAUCGAAAUAAAAUAGAA